UGCUCACCUGAACACGACACUGCAAGGAGUCGUUCUCUCUCUGCUGCAGAAACAGUCCGGAUUGCAUCAAGACAACACAGAUCUUUCGAUACAAUGGCCUACUCCAAGCCCAAACCACCUUCUCUCUGGCUCUGCUCAGAAAGCUGAGUGAAGACAACAAGACUGCAAACAUCUUCUUCUCUCCAUUCAGCAUCUCUUCAGCUCUGGCUAUGAUGUUGCUGGGAGCCAGAGGAGACACAGCCACUCAGAUGUCAGAGUGCUUGAAAAUCAAAGAUUGUCAGGAUGAUGUCCACACCCUGUUUGCUAAACUGCUGAGUGAGAUCAACAAUCCUGAAGCUUCAUUUGCUCUCAGUGUUGCCAACAGACUGUAUGGAGAGAAGUCCUACAACUUUCUUCAGGAGUUUUUGACCCAAACAAAAACUCACUACAACGCAGAGCUGGAGGCUGUGGACUUCAGAACCAGCAGUGAGGAAGCCAGGAUGAAGAUCAACAACUGGGUGGAGGAGAAAACACAAGGUAAAAUCAAGGAUAUUGUGGCUGAGGGAGUAGUGGACAGCAUGACCAGGAUGGUUCUGGUUAAUGCCAUCUACUUUAAAGCUGCCUGGGAAAAACAAUUCUUUGAAUCUCAUACUAAAGAGGAUCAGUUCAGACUCAACAAGAAAACAACAACACCAGUACAGAUGAUGUGUCAGAGAGAUGAUUUCCCCUUCACUGUUAUUGAUGAAGUCAACUGUCAGAUCCUGGAGAUGCCUUAUAAAGGAAAGGAACUGAGCAUGCUCAUCAUUUUACCCAAUGACAUAGAAGACGAUAUAACAGGUCUGGAGAAGCUAGAGAAAAUUCUUACCUAUGAGAAGUUCAUGGAGUGGACUCAUCCAGACAAGAUGAAGAGCUGUAAGGUUGUGGUGAAGCUGCCUCGAUUCAAGCUGGAGGAGACGUAUGACCUGAAUGAAGUCCUGACCAGCAUGGGCAUGGUGGACGCUUUUGACCAGACAAAGAGUGACUUCUCUGGUAUGUCUGGAAACAAGGAGCUCGUUCUGUCCAAAGUCUCUCACAAAGCUUUUGUUGACGUCAACGAGGAGGGAACUGAAGCUGCUGCUGCUACUAGUGUAAAAAUGGAACUUCAAUGUUAUGUACCACCAUCAUUCUUCACCGCCCACCCCUUCCUCUUCUUCAUCCGCCAUAAUCCCACCCUGACCGUUCUUUUUGCUGGUCGCUUCUGCUGCCCUCAGUGAAAUUUAUAUCUGCAAGAUGAAAGGCUGGAUUUAAUGCAGCGAUAUUUAGUUACAAAUUAUAUAGAGGGCAGUAAAGGUCAAUCCAGCUGGUCAAAUAUUAUUAUCAUGCAGAUAGAUUAUCAUGGCAUACAUAUAUGUGUUUUGGCUCUUACAUUUCUACGAAGUCAUGUUAAAAAAAUUGCAGUUACUUUGAAAAUAUUGUUUUUAGACUAAACACAAAACAAAAAGCUGUAAUAAUCUCAUUGCACAUCAUGAACUGAGUCAUUUAAACCUAAAACCUUUUGAUUCAGUUUUAGCAAUCAGUUUUCUGUAUUUUAGAUACCAUCAACUCUAGUGAGUUUGAUCAACCUGAAAUUAAGUUCAGCUGUCCUUCUGGUAUUUUCUUGACAUUUUCCUCAUGUUGCAAAUCUUCACUUCACUGAAACAGCAGCAUAGCCAUAAUAAAAGAUGGUGGUGGGAGUAUCAUGCUCUGGAGUGAUUUCUCUUCAUAUUCUUUACAACUUUGGCAUUUGAAUUUUGGACAAUGAAAAAAAGAGUAUAAAUAAUUUUACAGAUGA